CAAAGCGCUAGCAUGGCCCCCGUGUCGCCAGCCAAGGACGUGAGCAAGCCCAAGAAGAAGGCGACGACCAUCUCCAAGUCGAUCGCGCGCGUCUUUCGCCGGGCCAAGGCCAGUGCCAGUGGCAACAACAGCGACAGCAGCAGCGCUUCCACGCUGGUCGCGUCGAGCUGCCCGAGCGACGCGAGCGAGAUCGAAGAGCUCUUUCUCCAAGCCAUCGACGGGCUCGCGCUGCCAAAGACGGCGACGGAUCGCAUGCACGCGCUGCCUUUGCACCAAAAGUGGCAGAUCAUCCACGAGUGGAGCGCCAAGCAGGGCCUCGACACGACGUCCGAGCCGCGCACGUGGGUGCAGACGCUGCACGAGGCGAUCGAGGACAUCUCGAGCUUCUCGGACCAGGAUGCAAGGGAGCUCCACGUGCUCAUGCGUGGCAGCGACAAGGAGUGGCUCACGCAGUUCCACAAGGAUGAUGGGAUUGCAGCGCUCAGCGAUCUUACUGGCGUCUAUGCGGCCAUGGACGACGUCGACGCGUGCGCGACGCGCUUCACUGAGUGCCUCAAGUGUUUCAAGUCGCUCAUGAACAACCACGUCGGCAUGCACUUCCUGCUCGCGCACCCAAAUGCCGUGCACACGCUGGCGCUCUCGCUCGACUUUGAUCGGAAGGAGCGGACGCUCAUGCUCCUCGAGAUGCUCUCGCUCACGUGCUGGUUCUCCGAGCUUGGUCACCGCACAGUGCUCGACGCGAUGGAGCUGCUCCGGCGUCGCCAGAACGAGCGCAUGCGCUACGCGAGCAUCCUCGAUGGACUCGCGACCGCGUCGUCCGUCGAAGUCCAAGCGGCCUGCUUGACGUUCAUCAACACGCUCGUGAGCACGUGCGUUCGCGUCGACGACCGUCUCGUCGUGCGCAAUGAUUUCCUCGCGCUCGACAUUCUCCCGCUGUGCCAGCGCAUCCUCAGCGGCUUCGAGUCGCUCUCGGCAGCGCCUUUGAGCUAUGGCAUGUAUGGCUUUGGGGACUUGGAGAUCGAUGCGAUGGGCCGCUUCCGCAAGCAGACGCAAGUGUUUCAGGGCUUGCUGCGCGCCGAUACGGACGAGGUCGUGUGCGGCGCCUUGGACUUGAGCGACGUGCGCGCCGUCUUGAGCAAGCUCGUCGAGAACGCCAGUCUCCAAGGCUGCAGCGACCGGCUCCUUCACGUGGCACUCGCCCUGCUCGUUAUCCCCAACGAAGUCGCCAUGGGCCACACGAUGUGGGACCUGGUCGAGACCGCGACCCUCGACAUCACAUCGGCGUUGCUCCCGGAGCUCACGGAGAAGAAGCGGUCCAUGGUCACUGCCGUCAAGAGGUGUCUGGAACAGCGUGCGACGCCAUCGUCCGAAGGCGCGCGACUCGAAAGCAACCAAGCUGUCCUGGAGGAGGCGCCUUUGGCGGUGCAGACCCGCCUCAACGAGGCAACUGCCACGAUAGCACAGCUCGAAGCGGAAAUCGAGCGGCUUCGCACAAAGCUGCUCCAUGAAGCUUCGGCGCGCGCGUCAACCGAGCGAACGAGUGGAGACACGGCUACUGAUGCGUCGGACAAGCUUUCGCCAACGCUGCCAGAGGCCGCAGCGCCAAGCGAAACGUACGCCAAGUACUUCAAACUGCUCAAGAUGGGCAUGCCGCUGGAGCAAGUGCAGCUCAAGGCCAAGGCCGACGGACUCGACCCGGCCAAGCUCGCCACGAGCGCGCCGGUCACGGCAGCGACGCUCGAUGCAUCUUAUGACAAGUACUUUAAGCUGCUCAAGAUGGGCAUGCCGCUCGAGCAAGUGCAGCUCAAGGCCAAGGCCGACGGACUCGACCCGGCCAAGCUCGCGGUAGCGACACCCGAAGCGCCAGCGACGUCGGUGGUCGUUGACGCGCAGUACGAAAAGUACUUUAAGCUGCUCAAGAUGGGCAUGCCGCUCGAGCAGGUGCAGUUGAAAGCCAAGGCCGACGGACUCGACCCGGCCAAGCUCAGCGGAAGCGCGACGAUCUCGCCACCCGAGGUGAAGCCAGUACCAAAAUGCACGACGGCCGCCGUUGUCGCUGCCGCCCCAAUUGUGCCAGUGCGCGCUAUCUCCAAGCUGCCGCCAAAGAAGACACCGACACCGUCGACCAAAAUGCGCAACCUCUUUUGGACGCCGCUACCGGACGCGGUCGUCGAAGGAUCGAUCUGGGCGACGCUCGACGAGACCGAGUUGAGCUUGGACUGGCCGUUGCUCGAGCGAGAGUUUGGCCAAGAGGUCUGCGCGAAAGCCACCAAGUCCGCUGCCGCGCCGUCGACAAAGGUCAAAGUCGUCCAUCUGGUCGACCCGAAGCGACAGCAAAACUGCUCCAUCGCUCUCACCCGCUUCCGCCUCUCGCCGACAGAGCUCUGCGAUGCGAUUCUGAAUCUGAACGAGUCGAUCCUGAUCGUGGAGCGGGUCUCGAUCCUCGAAGGCCUCGUGCCAACGUCCGACGAGCUCGAUCUUAUCAACAGCUACGACGGCGACAUGCAGAUCCUUGGCGAGACGGAAAAGUGGUUUGCCGCCGUGCGCCACGUGCCGCGCCUGCCCCAGCGCCUUCAGUCGAUCUCGAACCAGCUCAGCUUUGCCGCGCGCUUGGACGAUCUCAAAGCCAAGCUCUCGACACUCGAGAAGGCGCGCAGCACGCUGCACGCGGCAACACCGACGCUGCUUCCACUGCUCCACGUCGUCUUGGCGGUUGGCAACUACAUGAACAACGGCACGGCCCGGGGCGGUGCGUACGGGUUCAAGCUCGAGAUCCUGCCCAAGCUGUCUCAGGUGAAAGCCACGAGCAGCGCCCGUCCGACUCAGUCACCUCUCGCCGAGGUAGUGACGGCGAAAGCGCCCGAUGCGCUCGCGUUUCUCAGCACCGCCACGUGCUUGGAAGCGGCGGCCACAGUGUCCUUGCCGCAGCUACUUUUGGACGCGACGGCGCUCGAGCGAAGCGUGGACCUGGUCCGCCAAGAGGUCGUCCACCAGCCGGAUGCUGCGUUCCGCCGGCGCUUUGGUCCGUUUGUGGAUACGAGCGGCAUGGCGCUGGAGCGGCUCCGCGCCGACGUAAGCUCGCACGAGACCAAGUUUGCGGCGCUUUGCGCGCGCUUUGGGUUCAAGCAACCCGAUGCGACCGGCUUCUUUGGCCUGUGGCACGACUUUGGCCGGCAGCUCGUGGCCGCUGCCCGCGAGUUCCAGUCGUCGACGGCCGCCACCGAGCCCGAAGACGGCGCCGGCCUCUUCAACCAGUUUUCCGAGUCGCUGGCGGGCGAUGCGACCGACAUUGUCGCCAAGCUUCGCAAGCGCCACGCGCCGCCCAGUGCGACGGCCGCCGUCCCCAACGAGCUCGCGCUCAAGCUCGCGCGGCGUCGCCAGAGCACGCUCAAGACGUCGUAGUGUUGCAUAGCAUUGAUGUGUUUGCACGCAAAUGACAUGGAAAUAUACUACAUUCACGGGG